UGCCUAUGAAAGACUCCUCAAGGUGCCAAAAUUAAUCCUGAACUCUUGGCUAGCACAUAGCUCCUGGCAUGUAUUCAGAAUCAUCAUCAGGAAGUGAUAUACUCUUACCAGAGACAGUAAAGAACAGGUCCAAGAAAAACUCGAAGAAAACAAAUACCAGCAGUAGCAGCAGCAGCAGUAGCAACAACAGCAACAGCAGCAAGUUGCCUCCAGUUUGUUAUGAAAUAAUUACCUUGAAAACUAAAAAGAAGAAGAAGAUGGCUGCUGAUAUAUUCCCCCGCAAAAAACCAGCCAACUCCAGCAGCACCACUGUCCAGCAGUACCACCAGCAGAACCUCAGCAACAACAACCUUAUUCCAGCCCCGAAUUGGCAGGGUCUUUAUCCUACCAUCAGAGAAAGAAAUGCGGUGAUGUUCAAUAAUGAUUUGAUGGCAGAUGUACAUUUUGUGGUUGGGCCACCAGGUGGGACUCAGCGGUUGCCAGGACACAAAUAUGUUUUAGCUGUUGGGAGCUCUGUGUUCCAUGCAAUGUUUUACGGAGAACUUGCCGAGGACAAAGAUGAAAUCCGUAUACCAGAUGUCGAACCUGCUGCUUUUCUCGCUAUGCUGAAAUAUAUCUAUUGUGAUGAAAUUGACUUGGCUGCUGACACAGUGCUGGCUACUCUUUAUGCUGCCAAAAAGUACAUUGUCCCUCACCUCGCUAGAGCCUGUGUUAAUUUCCUGGAGACCAGCUUGAGUGCCAAGAACGCCUGUGUGCUCCUCUCCCAGAGCUGCCUGUUUGAGGAGCCAGACCUGACCCAGCGUUGCUGGGAGGUGAUCGAUGCCCAGGCUGAGUUAGCUCUCAAGUCUGAGGGAUUCUGCGAUAUCGACUUCCAGACACUAGAAAGUAUCCUCCGCAGGGAAACUCUGAAUGCCAAAGAAAUUGUGGUUUUUGAGGCAGCUCUCAACUGGGCUGAAGUAGAAUGCCAGCGACAAGAUUUAGCUCUGAGCAUUGAAAAUAAACGCAAGGUCCUCGGAAAGGCACUUUACUUGAUCCGCAUACCUACAAUGGCCCUGGAUGAUUUUGCAAAUGGUGCUGCACAGUCCGGAGUUCUAACUCUCAAUGAGACCAACGACAUCUUCCUCUGGUACACUGCGGCCAAAAAGCCUGAGCUGCAGUUUGUGAGUAAAGCCCGCAAGGGCCUUGUCCCCCAGCGCUGUCACCGUUUCCAGUCGUGUGCCUAUCGGAGCAACCAGUGGCGCUAUCGGGGCCGCUGUGACAGCAUCCAGUUUGCAGUGGAUAAAAGAGUGUUCAUUGCUGGCUUUGGGCUGUAUGGCUCCAGCUGUGGCUCUGCGGAGUACAGUGCCAAGAUUGAACUCAAGCGGCAGGGCGUUGUCCUGGGGCAGAACUUGAGCAAAUACUUCUCAGAUGGUUCCAGCAAUACCUUUCCUGUGUGGUUUGAGUACCCAGUGCAGAUUGAGCCAGAUACCUUCUACACAGCCAGCGUGAUCCUGGACGGCAAUGAACUCAGUUACUUUGGACAGGAAGGCAUGACAGAGGUUCAGUGUGGCAAAGUGACCGUCCAGUUUCAGUGCUCCUCAGAUAGCACCAAUGGCACUGGGGUACAGGGAGGGCAGAUCCCUGAACUUAUAUUCUAUGCUUGAAAACAUUUCCUGAAGCAGUGUGAGCUCUCAGAUGCACAUCUGGUUCCUACUUGCUUGAUGCUUAGCUCAUCUGCAGAUAUGUGAUCAGCGCAGGUAAUUUGUAAUGAACGAAGCUGUAGGCAGUUUCUAAUUUCUUUCAACCUUUUAAUUAUGUACAGGCAAAAACGCAGCAUUCCGCUUUUAACUAUAUGCUUAAAAGAGCCAAUUUCUUAUUAGGGCUUUGUGGUUUUUAGAAUUGCGUCUAUCUAUACAGCUGGGGAGGAUUUGUGUUCUUUUCCAACUGCCCCAUUGACUUCUCAGUUUUGUCCCUCUUAAGAAAAUUUUUGGAUCACCUCAAAUUUCUUUUAGGGCUUUAUUUUGACAAAUAGAAAUAAAUAAUUUAAAAGAAUAAUGACGAGUUAUUUUUAAACAGAACCUUCCCUCCCCCCCCAAAAAAAUAACAGAUAAAUCUCAGUGUACAAUUUUGAAAGAAGUUUUGCUUCAUAAUAAGUAAUAAUUUAGAAAGUAGGCAGUAGUCAUAUUUAGCUCUUAUUUCCUUUUAAAUAUUUUCUUCUGGGCAUUGCUUUUUCUUAAAUCCUCAAUUCAUAAGAUUGUUAAAUAUCGAACACUGCAAAGUAUCAGUGUAAAACGGGAAAAUAAGAAAUUGGAUGUUGGUUUAGGCCAUGACUUCUGCUAUAAGCAGAUUUAUAUUUUAGUUUAGGAGACAAAAUAUUACAGUACAGACACUUCUUUUAGAAGUAACUAAAUUUAAAAAUUUUAUUGUCAUUAGAAAAAAGUUUAGGCCUAUUAUUCAAACUAAAACAAUUUUAAAAAGAAAACUGAAAAAAGUCCUAUACUACAAAUGGGUUAAUUGAUGGCACAAUAGAAUGCACAGUUUGAAAAAGCCCAAGUCUUUUUCUCCUCACUUAGCUUCUGAUCCCCACCAUUUGGUUGUUUUCAUUAGUCAUGUUGUAUAGAAUUUCUAUGCCCUUUUUCCUAUGAAAAGAGGACCAAACAGUUCUUUAGAUGAAUGGAAAAAUAGUUUUUUAGCACUACAUGUUAAUGUAAUAUACUUUUAUUCAUUGAUUUCUUUUUUAAUCUGAAAAAUACUUUACCUGUUCUACCUUGAUCACAUACUAUUUUCUUAGUUAUUUAUAAUUCUUUUUCCUGGGCUGCUAGAAUCUGGCCUCUGGCUAUCUUAAAGUGCCAACAUAUGCCUGCAGGGUUUUUUAAAAAAUGAUCUGAAGUGAUAUACACCUCAUUAUACCUAAUAUUUAUUGCAUCAGCACAUCCAGCUCUCUUAUUAAUUUGUCCAUGGAUAAUAUAAACAAAGGAGGGAAAAGCUCAUCAAAAAAUUCUCCUUCACUGAUGGCUGGUGAUGGUUUAGUGCCUGUGACCCUGGUAGUGUCGAGUGUGUUCACUUCCAGUUGAAGUAUCCAUGUGUUUCUGGGCAGCUUUUCUGCUCAGUGUGAUCCUGAGAUGGCUUUCCUUGCCACCCAGAGUGUGGUCCCUGGCCGCCUCCUUCUCCUGCUCUGCAAGCCUGAAGCUGGCUUGUCUGGAGCCAGGGGUUAGUCCUGGGGUGGGUGUGUGUAUGUGGGCACCCAUGUGCACACAGGUGUGUUUGCCGACUCAGGAAUUGUCUCCUCCCUGCCUGGCCAGUGAGAUGUGGGACAGAAAUGUAUCCCCUACUGGCCCCAGUAAGGCCCCAUGAGUGACUGCCCUUAAUCAUGUUCGCUGUGCUUCUGGGCCACUUCUUCCCUGGAGACAAGGGCUUGUUGCUUUUGGCUGGCUUCCUUGAUAGAGGAGAACACUGGAUUAUGGGAAAUGUUUUAAUCAUCUUUGCCAUUACCUAUGUCUGUUAGCAUAGAUGAUCAAAAGCUGUUACUGGUGAUUAUAAAUGACUACUCCCAGGACAACUUUCCAAAAUUAUCUCACAUUUAUUUAUUAGGGAGAUGACAGAUAGUAGUUUUGGCAAAGCAUCUGUAAAAUAAAAAUACAUUUCAAUUUAAAAAUUUCAACAAAGGGUUUUGUUUUUAAAUUAUGGUUAAGCAUUUCAGUAAUUCAUAGCUACCAUACAAAUUGGUAGACUAUAUACCUGAUUAGAAGGCACUCAUUUUUAAGCCAGAGGAGAAGAAACUUUAGCGUGCUUCUGUUAGCCAGCUGCCCUCCAUGUGGCCAGGGACCUGCUGGGUGAAAACUGCAUGAGAUCUUGUGCCCUGGUGUAGAAGAACUCAAUUUUAUGUUAAUUACUAUUACUUAAAAAAAAAAAAAAAAAAAGACAUCCACCACCUGAUUGGCUGGUGCCAAGAGCUGUGGGUUAAAUUUGAAAUUGUACUUAGAAUAAGAAAUUUUGGAUUUUAAAUCCUAUUCUCCCUUCUGUAUUUUCAACAUGGAAUAAAGGCUAAUGUGCUUGCUUUAUUUUCUUUGGUAAUCUCAAAUUUUAUAGCUUUUAAAACUAGAAACUAUUGUUCUGACAAGGCAGGUAACUAGUGUAUAAACACAACUUUAUUAAACAGAAUACUCUGUAGAUGCUUUUCCCAAUGUAGCUGGCAGUCUUUGUCGCCAUUCAUACUGGAACUAGGCUAGCAGUCCUAAUGUUACAUUCUUUAAGCAUAUCUUAAUAUAGUAUUUAAAUGACCUAAUUUCUAUAUAAUUAUUGCACUGAACUGUCUUUUUUGUUCUUUAAGGUGUUGAAAUAAGUCCAGCUAAUUCAAGACACUAGCCACUUGUGCAUCAGAGUGCUUGAAUUUAGUAGCUUACAGCAUUAUUUAUGAAGGAAAAAUAUAUAAAUAUGAAGUACCUCAUGUUGAAUGUUAUUGUACUGUAUUUUUAAUGUAACAGUGCAGAUCUUGUUAGACACAUGAAUGUGUAUAAUCAUGUUAAAUGCCAAUAAAAAGAGAAUUGAUUCAUA